AUGCAUGUGAAGUUGGGCAAGCUCCUCAUUAAAAGUGGCGGCCCGAAAUGGGGCCAGAGGAUGAGCCCCCUCCCCAGAACAGAGGCUCCGCAAACAGUGCGUAGUCUGUCCAAGGGCCUCCCAUCAAUAAAGAGCAUUCCUGUGAAGGGAGUAAGUACCCUCUUUUUUCUCCACCCAGGGAAGGAGAGAAAAGAGGGGCUUUCCCCCCCAAAAUGCAAUGGAAUAGGCGAGACAUGUAGGGGAAAAGGUGUCGUUGGGAUUGCGUCCAGGACGAUGCAUCAUCCUAUAAGAAGUAACCAAUGUAAGGGCAACUCGAACAGGCGAAGAGCGAUGAUGAUAUGUCGUUACUACUGUGUAAGUGCUGGUGGUGGGAAGAAAUCACAGAAGGGGAAGUUUAAGGUGGAUAGAAGGAACCACGUGGACAACCCAGCAAGGUACCCCUCUAAUCAUAUGUGUAACCACCACAGUGCAUAUUGCUCUAUUCCGCUUCCCGACAAGGUAAAGCAGAACCUAACCGCGUAUAUAACUUUAUCGAGGCUGCACAUCCCAACAGGUAUGCACCUUCUUUUCAACUCAGCCUUGUAUGGUUACUUCCUAACCUUGCCAGUAGAAAAUUUAUUCACCCCAGGAAAUGAACUCAAUUGGGAUUCCUUAUACAAAAUCGGAAGAGACAUCAGCCUCUUUGCCUUUGGAAGUCUCAAUAGCCGUAUCGUCGGCUGCAUAAUAAAUGACCUGUUUGACAGAAAUUACGAUAAGCAUGUUGAAAGAACAAAAAACAGACCACUAGCAAAUAACACAGUGACAAUGGCCAGAGCAUUUACCUACCUAGCUAUUCACUCCGCAUUAUGUCUGCUAACCCUAUUUCAGUUUAGUACGCAAACCAUUUACACAGGAUUACUCUCUACCGCUUUUAUUAUUUCAUAUCCUUUAAUGAAGAGAAUAACUUACUACGCACAGGUAUAUUUGUCCAUCACCUUUAACCUGGGUUUUUUAAUUGCCUCCAGUGUACAUGUACAGCUAGCUACAAAUGUACUUCCUCUGUGUGUAUGUUUUUUACCCUUGUGUUAUUUGACCGUAAUAUAUGACACGAUAUAUGCUCAUCAGGAUAAAAGCGACGAUAUAAGAUUGAAUUUGAAGUCACUUGCUAUUAAGUGGGGUGAUAAAACGUUGUCGUAUUCAAAGCUGUUAGCUGUUAACAUGGUAUAUUUGUUUUACUUGUCUGGGUAUCUCCUUGAUUUGCAUUAUUCUUACUACUUGUUGUCCACCUGUAAUGUGCUUUACUUGCUUCAUUGCAUUAGUAAGACUUCGCUCGAUGAUAGGGACAAGUGCAUGGCCUUUUUUAAAAACAGCAAGAAUAUUCUUAUGCUCUUUGUGCUCUCUGCGGUCGUUGCCAAGGGGUGUGAGGCCUACCACACGCACAAUACGUACCAAACGCAGCAGACGCAGCACACGAAGCAGACACAGCAGACGAAGCAGACGUUGGGGGAAGCAACCAGGAGUGAUGCUCCCACAAGCCGCGAAGAUAACCACACAGAAGUAAAACAGGAAGGAACCACCUGA